CGAUUCCGAGUCGGCCCAGCAGGUGGCAGUACUACGUCUAAAAUGUUGUUUGUCAGAAAGCUACCGUCAAUACCACAAACGAAGAAAAACAAUAAGUUUCCAAGAUGGUGCUCGAAAGUACUAUGGUCUGUGUGGACAACAGUGAAUAUAUGAGAAAUGGAGAUUUUCUACCGACGAGACUUCAGGCACAGCAAGAUGCUGUCAACAUUGUCUGUCACUCCAAAACACGCAGUAACCCAGAAAACAACGUGGGCCUCAUCACCAUGGCCAAUAACUGUGAGGUACUGACCACAUUGACACCUGACACUGGGCGCAUCCUGUCUAAACUCCACGCUGUACAGCCCAAAGGAAAGAUCUGCUUCUGCACUGGCAUCAGGGUGGCUCAUCUUGCACUAAAGCACAGACAAGGAAAAAACCACAAGAUGAGAAUCAUUGCUUUUGUUGGAAGUCCAGUGGAGGAUAAUGACAAAGAUCUUGUCAAGAUGGCAAAACGUUUGAAAAAAGAGAAAGUAAAUGUCGAUAUUAUCAACUUUGGGGAAGAGGAAGUGAAUACAGAAAAAUUGACAACUUUUAUACACACUCUAAAUGGGAAUGAGGGCACAGGUUCUCACCUGGUCACAGUCCCCCCUGGACCCAGUCUGGCUGAUGCACUGCUCUCUUCUCCUAUCCUGGCUGGUGAAGGAGGAUCCAUGAUGGGCCUUGGUGCCAGUGACUUUGAGUUUGGUGUUGAUCCUAGCGCUGACCCUGAGCUGGCUUUGGCUCUGCGUGUGUCAAUGGAGGAGCAGCGACAAAGACAGGAGGAAGAGGCUCGCAGAGCAGCCGCGGCCUCUGCAGCUGAGGCUGGCGUGCCCACACCCAGCGCAGACGAAUCAGAGGAGACCUUACUGAAGAUGUCAGUGUCUCAGUCUGAGGAAGGUGUUGCAGUACUACCUGAUUUCAGUAGCAUGACAGAGGAGGAGCAGAUUGCUUAUGCCAUGCAGAUGUCUCUUGCUGGAGGAGAGUACAGUGAAAUGGUCUCUGCUGCCAUGGACACUUCAGAAUCAGUCAAGGAGGAAGACGACUACGAUGUAAUGCAAGACCCAGAGUUCCUCCAGAGUGUCCUGGAGAACCUUCCUGGUGUCGACCCAAACAACGAGGCCAUCCGAAACGCCAUGGGCUCCUUGGCCUCCCAGUCAGGAAACAAGCCCGAAGGAAAGAAGGAUGAAGAGAAGAAGAAAUAACGAGCCAAGGACUACGGACACGGACUCCAGACUUUGACAAUACCAACGCAGGACUAUCAGACAGUUCUCACUGACAGUUAGUAUCUUCAUUUAAAGACACACAAAACAUUAUCCAAGUGUCCAGGAACCUAAUCUACUACUUAUAAACAUGAUAUAGGCCUUUUUCAAAUCUGCCUUGUGCAUUCUUACCAUACAGUUUCCUACCUAAUGAUAUUACUGAUGGAUUAAAAAAAAGCAAAUGUUAGACUUUUAAACUAAGUAUUUACCCACUCACCUCUGCCAUGUUUACUUUGUAUUUUGCAAUAAAAGUCAUGUGUACAA